AUGGCGAAUGAAACACAUCACGUGAUUGAUACAGAGGUGUGUCAGUUAAAUGUGUUUGUACAGGGCAGAAUUAUGCCUUCAAAGCCUGUAUUUCUUACUUGCCAUGAUUUGGGCUGUAAUCACUAUCAAUACGAAGAAUUUGUGGUACAUUCAAAAAUGCUUCCAAUUAUGCAACGAUCGACAUGGGUUCAUAUUGAUUUGCCAGGUCAAGGAGAUGGUGAAGAAGAACUACCAUCAAAUUAUGUGUUUCCUCCGAUCAAUCGACUACCUGAUGCAUUUCGUGAUGUGCUAGCGAAUUUAAAAAUAAAGCAUGUGGUUCUUUUUGGUGAAGGUGCUGGAGCGAACAUUUUGGCACGGUUUGCAAUUGCUUAUGAUAAUCUUGUACUUGGGGCAAUAUUAAUUAACUGUACUGGAACACCGCCUACAUUUACUGAGUCACUUAGAGAUAAGUUAAUGAACUGGAAAUUAAGCUCAUCUGGUAUGAAUCCAGCUACUGAAAGUUUUCUAAUUGUACAUCGUUUCGGUUCGGUUGUUGAAACUGAGAGUGAAGUGGAGUUACGCAAUGCUGUUGAAAGUUUUCGUCAAAACUUGCGUCAUUCAAUUAAUCCGAAAAAUUUAAACAAAUUUAUCACAUCAUAUAUGCAGCGUAAAAACCUUUCAGAAAGUCUUCCCAGUCUAAAAUGUCCUGUAUUAUUGAUCACAGGAGCUUUAGCUUCACAUCAUAAAAAAUGUCGUCAAUUAUUUGAAGAUCUUGAAAAAAUACGUCGUGAUUCUGGUGGUCAAUCAGCUUCAAGUGAAUUUGUAAUGAUUGAUGAUGUAUCAAAUGUUCUGACUGAAAGACCGGAUAAGGUGGUCGACAGUAUGCAAUACUUUUUACAAGGAAUCGGAUUAUUAAGCAAUUUAAAAUUACAAAAAACACCAAUGCAAUUAAAUCGUCGAAUGUCAAUGGAAGAUUAUGAUCGACCAUUGGGUAAAACACAUUUUAUUAGUCGACUUUCACAACAAGUCCCUGAAGAGAAUACCACAUAA